AUGGCCUCGGCAUUGCUAAAGUAUUCAGUUUUUACCCUUCUAGCUGUCUUUGCUACUUUUUGGGUAGCAAAAGCAAGUGAUCCAAAUAUCUUAUCCGACUUUAUAGCCCCGGCAAAUUCUACAAGCGUGGAUGGAAACUACUUCACGUUCAAUGGACUGCGUGGGAUAUUUUCCCAAACCCCACCAAAUUUCAAGGUUACAAAAGCUAGCAUGGUCGAAUUCCCAGCUCUAAAUGGCCAAAGUGUCUCCAUUGCCGUUCUCCAGUUCCCUAGUGGUGGCGUUAACCCUCCUCACACCCAUCCGCGCUCUGCAGAGCUUCUGUUUCUGGUGCAAGGCAGUCUUGAGGUUGGUUUCAUAGAUACCACCAACAAGCUUUACAAUCAGACACUCCAAGUUGGGGACAUGUUCAUAUUUCCUAAGGGACUUGUACACUUCCAAUACAAUGCGGAUCAGGCCAACAGAACUGCCACAGCUAUAUCUGCUUUCGGUAGUGCAAAUGCUGGAACCAUUUCAAUCCCUGCUAAUGUUUUCACUACUGGCAUUGAUGAUGCAAUCCUUGCCAAGGCUUUCAAAACUGAUACUGCUACAAUUCAAAAUAUCAAGGUCGGCCUUGCUCCCAAGGCCUAA